GAAACAUCCCGGGAGAGGGAGAACCAUCCUGGGCUGCCCGGAAGGAAUUCCUCUCCUGGGAGCCGGAGCUGAGCCCCCUCCCCUGCCCUGGCACUGAGGCAAGUUCUCCGGGCAGUGCCCGUGGAAUUCAGGUCAGAACAGCCGAACCUGGGAGGUUCUGCUGGUUCUGCUUUCGCCCUCUGUCCGCGGCAGCGCUCGGGGCUAUUUCGGUUCGGAGCAGGGAGAGGUUCACGGGGUGAACUUUCCCCCGUGGGCCCGAGAAAGUCGCAGCUUUUCGGGAGGGUUUGAGGGGCAGGGGAAGGUCGGGAUCGCCCUUUGGGAGGUGCUGCCCCAGCCGGGGACGCUGCCCGGGGUGUGGGGCAGCUCUAACCAGGCCAGGUGGGCAAAGGGCACUUGGGAGGGAAAUGGAGCAGCUAAGAGCCUGUUCUGUUCUGAAUCCCCUUGGAUUCAGGCAGGAAUGAGUUACAGCCUGACUUUGAUGAGGAAAUUACAGAGUUUUUUAAAAACAAACAGUCCCAUCCCCACCUCCUCCUGUUCCCAAACUUUAAAGAACUUUUCCUGCCCCUGAAAUGAGGGCACUUGCCAGGGGUUCAGGCACAGAUCAGCAGUGGAGCUGGACGUGAAUCAGGUUUUCUUCAGGACUUCUCUGAGCAAGAGCAGGGAAUUCUGCUCAGCGAGGACGCCGAGUUUGGCCUCAUCAUGGCCACGGUGGUGACGGAGAAGCUCAGCCGGCUCUUCAUCAACGUCAGGCAGCUCCCUCAGCUGCUGGGGCCGCUGUCCCCGGGCACGGUGAGCAGCGCCGAGGUGCCGCCGGUGUUCUGGAAGCCCUACAUCCACGGCGGCUACCGGCCCGUGCGCCAGACCUGGCGUUACUACUUCUCCACGCUCUUCCAGCAGCACAACGAGGCCAUCAACGUCUGGUCACACCUGGCGGCCGCCCUGGGGCUGCUGCUGCGCUUCCAGCACCUCUGGCAGCGCGUGGACUUCGGGCAGGACGCGCACGCCCGGCCCCUGCUCAUCAUCCUGGCCGCCGCCAUCACCUACCUGACCUUCAGCAGCCUCGCCCACCUGCUGCAGGCCAAGUCCGAGUUCUGGCACUACGGCUUCUUCUUCAUGGACUACGUGGGGGUGGCCGUGUACCAGUACGGCAGCGCCCUGGGCCACUUCUACUACGCCAUCGAGCCCGGCUGGCACCGGCGCGUGCAGAGCUUCUUCCUGCCGCUGGCUGCGGCGCUGGCCUGGCUGUCCUGCGCCGGCUCCUGCUACGCCAAGUUCCGCUUCCACCCGUCCUGCCCGCUGCCCGGCCGGCUGUGCCAGGAGCUGCCCUCGGGCCUGGCCUACCUGCUGGACAUCAGCCCCGUGAUCCAUCGCAUCUGCACCGCGGCGCGCCCCGACCCCGCCCUGCUCUACCACAAGUGCCAGGUGCUCUUCUUCCUCGUCGGGGCCUUCUUCUUCUCCCAUCCCUACCCCGAGAAGUGGUUCCCCGGGAAGUGUCACUUCGUGGGGCAGAGCCACCAGAUCUUCCACGUGUUCCUGGUGCUCUGCACGCUGGCGCAGAUCGAGGCCGUGGUGCUGGACUAUGAGUCCAGGAGGGAGAUCUACUCCUCCCUCCAGCGGGGCCUGGCUCACGACUUCUCUGCCCUGUUCCUCGUCACCGUCACCUGCUCUGUCCUCACAGCCACCUACAUGGCCCAGAGGGUGAAGAACAAGCUGGGCCUCAAGGAAGAGUAAAGUGGGCUCAGCCCAAAUCCAGCCCCAAGCCCCCAGAUGCUGCUUCAUGAACUCUUACUCAGCAAGUGCUUUCUCUAGGGAAUCAAAGAGAUGCUUUUUAUGCUUUUUUAAUCCAGCCUAAGUUCCAGCUUGCUCGUAGAACGGUACAUGGGUUCCGUUCACCUCUGAAUAAACAGUUGGAACAAAGUGUUUUGUGUGCCCUGAUGGGCUGGGGAAGGCUCUGGGACGCUGCCAGGGCUCCCAGCAUGAGAUAAGGAGAGGCCAUCUGGCCCCUGUUGAGACUCUAAACCAUGGAAACAGACCAAGCCCCUCAGCGCCAGGCUGAAAGCAGCCAGCCCCGGGCCCGGCAGGAGGCAGAGCACCAUCCCCGCCUUCUUCAGCCCCCUCACAGAUGGAAGAGACAAAGAAAACUCCAGGCCGACCCCCUGCACCCCAAAUAAAGGCUGUGAGUGCUCGGGGGCUCCCCUGGCUGCCUGUCCUGUGAAGAUCCUGGCCUUGCCACAGCUGGAGGGAGCCCGGGAAGAGCUCCCUGGAGCCGAGCAGGGGGUGCAGGGCACAUCCCAGGCAUGGAAAACACCCCUGGAUCCCCUGGAGCUUCAGGUGGAGUCUCAGAGCCAGAGCAAAGCCUCUGGUGGGGCUGGGGGGGAUUCCUGGUGCUGCAGCCUCUCCCAGGGCUCGGAGCACAGCGGGAUCGACGCUCAGAGGAACAAAUCCCGGUUAUUUCCUGGAGAAACGGCCUCAGGGAGCAGGAAACCACAGCCCUGGAGCAGAGUUACUUCUGGGCUGGGUUUUGCUGGGACUGAGAACACAAAUCCUGUCCCAGGGGCUGCUCCCAGCGGGGUUUGCUGCUCUCCUCAGCCCCUCAGGGAGCGGGGCCAGACCCCGGAGGGCUCCUGCGGGCAGCUCUUCUGCCAGGACUCCCAAGGGAACAGGGUCAUUGCUCACAGGGCCAGGGGCAGCUCCCUGGGGGCCAGCCCCAGCCAGCCCUGGGGGCUGCAGUCCCUGUUCACACAGGACUCGCAGGGGAACAGGGUCA